AACAUACAUAUAUUCUUCUUUGGAUUCCCACCAUCUAGGGCACAACUGAUGAAUAACAGGUGCUUAAAAAUAAAUUGUUGAAAGAAGCAGCGAUGAAUAAAUGAAUAAUUUAUUUUAACAUUUCUCUACUGCAUGUCCCCUAUCCUCUUUAUCUUCCAGUUGCCAACCCAAUUUGUAUCUUCAACAUGGUUAUGGCAAAUGUAACCACAACGUGCGGAUUCCUCCUCAUGGGAUUUUCCAACACUCGUGAGCUGCAGAUCUUACAUGCAUUGCUUUUCUUGCUGAUGUACCUGUCAGCCUUAGCAGGUAACGUCAUCAUUAUUGCCGUCACAACGCUGGACCAACAUCUCCAAUCCCCAAUGUAUUACUUCUUAAAGCAUCUUUCCUUCCUGGACCUUGCCUUCAUUUCUGUCACGGUCCCGCAGUCCAUUGACACUUCACUGACAGGCAAUGGCUGUAUUAGCCACGGUCAGUGCAUGCUGCAGGUCUUCUUCUUCACGUCUUUGGCCUGGGCUGAGGUGGCCAUUCUCACAGUGAUGUCUUAUGACCGCUAUGCAGCCAUCUGCCUCCCACUGCACUACGAGGCCAUCAUGGAUCCCAGAGCCUGCGAGUGGGCUGUGAUAGCUGUCUGGCUGAGUGGAGGCACCUCUGGGAUCCUGUACACAGCUGCCACGUUCUCCAUCACCUUCUGUAGGGCCAAAGUCAUCCAUCAGUUCUUCUGUGAUAUCCCCCAGUUGCUGAAGCUCUCCUGCUCCAAUGAUUACCUGGGAGUGAUUGGAGUGGCGGCCUUCAUGACGGUGCUGGCAUUCAUCUGCUUCAUCUCCAUUGCCCACUCCUACAUCCACAUCUUUUCCACAGUUCUAAGAAUUCCCUCUGCCGAGGGCCGCUCCAAAGCCUUCUCCACCUGCCUGCCCCACCUCUUUGUUGUGUCAUUUUUUCUCUCCAUAGGCAUCUUUGAGUUUCUAAAAUCAACUUCAGAUUCUCCAACUGCUUUUGAUAUUAUGAUAUCUCUCUUUUAUACAGUAGUGCCCCCAACACUGAAUCCUAUUAUCUACAGCUUGAGGAAUAAGACCAUGAGGGAAGCUUUAAGAAAAUUACUGUUGGAUGGUGAAUUCACCAAGAAAAAAACAUUUUUGUCCUAUUGUUGAUGGAUGGCCAAUAUUACACCCAAGGAACCUUUUUAAUAAUUGGAAUUCAUUAUACAUAUAUAUAUAUAUGAAAUAUAUAUUUGUAAUAUAUGUUCAGUAAUAUUAAGGAAAAGUAACACUUUUUUUCCUAUUGAUAAAUCAUGCACUGUAAGUAUCAUCACUACAGAAACUCUUCAUCUGAUAUCUUCAUUUUAUUAGUCGUUGAAACCAAUUUUUUGUUAUUCUUUCAAAUUAAAAGAAAAUUACAUAUAAUCUUUUCAUUUUUCUUUUCAUAUAGGC